GUGCCGGAGAAGAUGCCCUCUUGGGCCCUCUUCAUGGUCACCUCCUGCCUCCUCCUGGCUCCCCAAAGCCUGGCACAAGUUACCAGCCAAGAUGUCUCCUUGCCGGCCUUGGACUCUGAGACCCUCAACUGCUUCUCCCGAACCUUUGAGGACCUGACUUGCUUCUGGGAGGAGAAACAGGCAGCGCCCAGUGGAACAUACCAGCUGCUGUAUGCCUACAGAGGGGAGAAGCCCCGUGCCUGUCCCCUGAGUCCUCAGACGGUGACCUCCUUUGGAAUCCGGUAUGUGUGCCAGUUUCCAGCCCAGGAUGAAGUUCGCCUCUUCAUGCCACUCCACCUCUGGGUUAAAAACGUGUUCCUGAACCAGAACGUGACCCAGCGUGUGCUGUCUGUGGAGCGUGUUGGCCUGCCAGCUCCCCCCAGCAUCAUCUUGGCCAUGGGAGGGAGACAGCCUGGGGAAUUGCAGGUCAGCUGGGAAGCUGCGGCCCCAGCGAUCCACGAAUUCCUGAGGCACGAGCUCCGCUAUGGGCCCAUGGAUCCCAGGAACUCCAGCGGUCCCACAGUCAUGAAACUGCUUACCAAAGAAACCUGCUGCCCCACGCUGCAGAGGCAGCACCCAGUCUCCGGUCUGCACCAGCCUCUGUGUGAUCCUCACGCAGUGCCCCAACAGGACAGACCAACACACGCCUCCACAGGUGGACAGACCCCAUCUGUGACAGCAACGAGUGGAAGCUGUCUCAUCUCGGGGCUCCAACCUGGCAAGUCCUAUUGGCUCCAGCUGCGUAGCCAACCUGAUGGGGUCUCCCUUCAUGGCUCCUGGGGAUCCUGGUCCUUCCCGGUGACAGUGGAUCUGCCUGGGGAUGCAGUGGAAAUUGGACUGCAAUGCUUUACCUUGGACCUGAAGAAUGUUACCUGUCAGUGGCAGCAACAGGACCUUUCUAGCUCCCAAGGCUUCUUCUACCACAGCCGGGCACAGUGCUGCCCCAGAAACAGGGACCCACGGUGGGAGAAGUGUGAAGAGGAGACAACAACCCCAGGACCACAGCUUCCCCAGCUCUCUCGCUGCCACUUCAGGUCACAAAAUGACAGUGUGAUUCACAUCCGUGUGGAGGUGACAACAGCCCAGGGUGCUGUUCACAGCUACCUGGGCUCCCCUUUCUGGAUGCACCAGGCUGUGCUCAUUCCCACACCAAGCCUGCACUGGAAGGAGGUCUCCAGUGGGCACCUGGAGCUGGAGUGGCAGCAUGCAUCGCCCUGGGCGGCCCGAGAGACCUGCUAUCAGCUCCGUUACACAGCAGAAGGCCUCCGGGACUGGAAGGUGCUGGAGCCGCCUCUUGGGGCCGGGCGAGGGACCCUGGAGCUGCGCCCGCGCUCUCGCUACCGCUUACAGCUGCGAGCCAGGCUCAACGGGCCCACCUACCAGGGCCCUUGGAGCUCCUGGUCCGAACCAGCCCGGGUGGAAACAGCCUCCGAGACCGCCUGGAUCUCCAUGGUGACCGCUCUGCUCUUGGUGCUGGGCCUUAGCGCCCUCCUGGGCCUGCUGCUGCUGAGGUGGCAGUUUCCUGCGCACUACAGGAGACUGAGGCAUGCCCUGUGGCCCUCACUUCCAGACCUACACCGGGUCCUAGGCCAGUACCUUAGGGACACUGCAGCUCUGAGUCCGCCGAAGGCGACAGUCUCAGAGGGCUAUGAAGAAGUGGAACCCAGCCUCCUCGAAAUCCUUCCGAAGUCUUCCGAGCAGACCCCCUCACCCCUGUGCUCCUCCCAGGUCCAGCUGGAUUACCGAGGACUGCAGCCCUCCUGUUUAGGAAGCCCGACCCUGGCUGUGUGCCCACCAGUGCCUGAGCCCCCAGGGACCUGCUGUACUACCCACAUUGCCAACCACUCCUACUUGCCACUAAGCUGCUGGCAGCAGCCCUGAGGGCAGGACACUUACUCCCAGUACCCUGGACAGAUCCCAACCCUCUAGACCUAUCUGUGAACCUCCUCCAAAAUACCACGCACCCCCACCCCCAACAGACACCGGGGCAUCCCCUCCGUGCCCUCUGCGGGCCUUCCUGGCACUGCGCUGCCCAUACUGCUGCUGACAGGACCUUUCCCCCACAGGCAAUCCAACACUUGGGCUCUUCUCC